AUGUCCAAGGAAGCAAUCAUCAACCCCGCACCCUUGUCCGAAAAGGCGCACCUGAGAAUUCCAAGACCGCGCACAUUGAGGCCGUCGAGCGGCAAGCUCUACGUCCGCGGUGACAGCAAGGUUUUCCGAUUCCAAAAUGGCAAGACCGAAUCCUUGUUCCUCCAGCGCAAGAACCCUCGAAGAAUAGCCUGGACCAUGCUCUACCGAAGAAUGCACAAGAAGGGUAUCUCGGAGGAAGUCGCAAAGAAGCGAACACGCCGCACAGUCAAGCACCAGCGCGCCAUCGUCGGUGCGUCUCUCGACGUGAUCAAGGAGCGCCGAUCGCAACGCCCCGAAGCCCGUGCCGCCGCGCGUGCCGCCGCCAUCAAGGAGUCCAAGGAGCACAAGGCCGCCGCCGAGAGCAAGAAGAAGGCCGAGAAGGCAAAGACCGCCGCCAAGGCUGCCACCGGCCAGGUCCGCGGUGCUCUUGCCAGCAAGCAGGGAGCGAAGGGAAAGCCGGUCAAGGUCCAGGCCACCAGCAGAUAA